UGUCGUGUAAAGCCCAUUUACGCACAGUCGUGCAAAGCAGCGCCACUGUGUGCAGUUCGUGCUUUUUAUGUAGACGCUGCAUAUAACGUAGGUAGCAUUAACUGGGGAAAUCAGUGGUUUAAAAAAAUCACUGCAUUUGUUCUAAGGGACGCGUGCGCUAGACAGAUUCUUUCCAAACAACGGAUUUCCUGUUCUCAUUCUCAACUGCUAGAAAGACCGUUCAAACAAGAAAAGAGCUACGAUUUUGGAUAUUGCUGGGAACGAAGCUGUAAUACCUGGCAUAAUUGAUUUCGUUAACGUCGUUAGCUCGUCUUAUCUCACAUCAACGGGAAACGAUAGGCUUUGCGAAAGGGUGCUACACUGGUUCUUUUUGUUUGUUUUUAAAGUCGUUUUUCAAACCCCCUUUUCCACAUUGGGAUGAUCUAGUCCAACGUUAUCUAUUACGCGUUCUUCAGAACAAUCAAGUACUGUAGCUAGCUGGGCAGCUAGCUAAGCGAUAAAACAAUCAUAUCUACCGUUAGCUAGUUAUAGCUUGCUAGCUAUGCACGUAGCUAACGACGAGCUAGCACACAUAGCUAGUUAGCUAUACAGUAUGUAUCCACUUUAGUCUUCAUGAAGAAAGGAUUGAAGCUGUUCCUCUCUUGCCUUACCCUGACUGAUAAAGAUUGAAUAAACACAAACGGGGCGAAAUCUUGACUCCCAACACUCGGGCGGCUGAAAAUCAACGAAACAAAGAAGAAAAAUCGUUUUAGAAACUAACUAAACGGCACUUGUUCUUGUCUGGAAAGAAAUACUUUAAAUGAGAAAUUGACAUGAUGUUUCCACAAUCCAGACACUCAGCUUCGUCCCAGCAGCUGAAAUUCACCACCUCCGACUCCUGCGAUCGGAUCAAGGACGAGUUCCAGUUCCUUCAGGCACAGUAUCACAGUUUGAAGCUGGAGUGCGACAAGCUGGCCAGCGAGAAGUCGGAGAUGCAGCGUCACUACAUCAUGUACUAUGAGAUGUCCUAUGGGCUGAACAUUGAAAUGCACAAACAGGCCGAGAUCGUCAAGAGAUUAAACGGAAUCUGCGCUCAGGUGCUCCCUUACCUGUCACAGGAGCAUCAGCAGCAGGUUUUGGGGGCCAUUGAGAGGGCCAAGCAGGUCACCCCGCCAGAGAUGAAUUCCAUCAUCCGGGUAGGCUGCUCGUUCCCGGCGGCCACAGUGCUGAGUCAGCAGCUCCAGGCUCACCAGCUGUCCCAGCUCCAGGGGCUGGCCCUGCCCAUGACGCCCCUCCCCCUGGGCCUGACUCCGCCCACCCUGCCGGCGGUCACCUCCAGCUCCGGCCUCUUCUCCCUCUCCAGCAUCCUGGCCUCGCAGGCCCACCUGGCCAAGGAGGAGAAGGCGGCGCGCGAGGGGGCCGACAGCCACCGCGACGAGGACGGCGACAAGUCCGACUAGCCCCGCCCCCUCGCCGCCCGCCCCCGCCC